AUGGAGGGCAUGCCUCGUGUACCGAUGUUACUUCCUGAGCCAAAAAUUCCGGCAAAUCAAUAUGAUGACGAGUUCCGGUUAAAAAUAAAGGAGUAUAUCCUACUACAUUUUCAAGAUGAUCCAAGUAAAUAUGAUAAUGCUAUAACAGAAUUGAUCAGUUUAAAACAGGUGAAAACUGCUUGCUUAUUGAAACGUUAUUAUGCACAAUUAUUAAUGAUGAAGAACCGGUUUCCUAUGGAGGAGGGUGAUCCAAUAAAGGUUUUAUUUUGUUGGUAUGACAGAGCUAUGGAUAUAGCUCAUUCCGCUACUUACGAUGACGUCGGCUUUGAAUUAGCCUGCGUCAUGUACAACAUUGGUGCAGUUCACGCUAGCAUUGCUGUGAAUGAGGGAAGAGAGAACGAAGAUAGUAUAAAAAAUGCCUUCAUGCACUACCAGUAUGCCGCAUGGCCCCUUCAACAUCUUCGUGAUAAAAUGAACGCUUCAAAGUAUGCAUCUGUAGAUUUCGACAAAGAGCUACUAACCUUUUUUGUCAAUGUGCUCUUGGGGCAAGCUCAAGAGUGCCUACUCGAGAAAAGUCUCAUUGAUCAUCGAAGCAAUUUAGUUGUCGCGAAAUUGGCUAUUCACUUACGCGAUAGAUACCAGGAGUGUUAUCAACAUCUAGAGAAUUCGAAUCUGCAGUGUCCGAGUACGAAGAAGAGAAAGCCAAACUCAAACGUGAGGUAA